AUGGCGACGACGGACAAUGACAAGGGCGAGGAUCUGAUCCAGGCCACUCUGGCCAAAAAGGGCUACACCGAGGUGUCCAAGCUGGGCGAAGGUGGCAUGGGAGUGGUCUACAAGUGCCGCCACGCCGACGGGGGCCUCCGCGUCUUGAAGUUCUCGCGCGGGGACUUCGAAUCCAGCGAGGAGGGCCAGGCACUCCUGGAGGAGGGCAACCAGAUGAGGCAGCUAAGGCACCCGAACCUGGUUCAGAUCUGGCAGUUGAUUAUGACCCCGACCUUGGUCAUGCUGGAGCUGGAGUUCCUCGCGGGGGGCGACCUACACUGUCGGAUCCACGACCCCCAGGGGCGGCCGAUCUCCAGCGAGAUCCUCAUGAUUCGCGCUUAG